AUGUCGUCUCUAAGCUCUGCUGCGGUAGCCCAAGUAAUCGCCACAUAUCAGGGGGUGAUGACAACCGUCAUAGUCAACAUCUCGACCACAGGCAAAUAUCGUCUUAGAGUGCCCUCGCCUUCCUCCUCGCUGAUUGCGUACGACGUCCUCCUCACCUUCGGGCAAGAAUACCUAUACAUCUGGCGAUCACGGAAGUCCUGGUUCACGCGAAUCCUGUACAUGUGGAACAGGUACAUGUACUUGUUGUACUCGCUCCUAAUUCUUGGGACCAUUCCGUCGAUGUCGAACACUGAGCCUAAACAUCAGAUGUUAGUACGGCGGCUCCUGGCGAACAGACAAUUAUUGACCUACCCGGACUCAACAGUGACCAUCGCCUCAAGGGGAUCUCUCAUCCUCGUGGACUCGCUGGCCGCCGCCGUAACCUGGCGCCAAACACGUGCGGCAACCCAGCUGAGGACGGGUACUGGCAUGAAGCGGCCUUUCCUCCAACAGGUGAUGUGGGAAAAUGGCACUGUCUACUUCUGCGUACUGGUUUCCUUGAACGUGGUGAACUUGUUGCUUGUUCUACUUUCGCUCGCCUCACAACCACUGGAUGAUCAGUCUUCCUACGUUUUGGUGUUCAUCGACCCUAUCUCCUCCAGCUUGAAUAGCCGCUUCCUACUCGCCCUCCACGAGACGAACACGCGUCUUGGCGGGACCAACACGAGCAUAUCUUCCCUCUCUUUCAAUAUUGCCAGCGGUGGCGACCCGGGGGCAGGUUCACCUGAGCCCCCGGAGUUCCUCGGCAUUAUCGGGGGCUCAAUCCACUCGUUCCACGACGAUGACGGAGACCUGGACGAGCUCGCAUUCGCACCGCCGCAGGAGGAGCACCAGCUCGAGCCUGAAGGAGAAGUUCUGGAGGUCGGCAGAGAGAGCGGAGAUUUGACCCCGGGGGCUUGA